UUUUGAUCAUGUCCUUAUCAGCAGCUGAGCAAGGUCAAACAGAGCAAAGUACACUCUUGCCAAAGCAAUUGGAUUCUCGCAAACCUCUUAUAUCCAAAAAAGCGGGUGCCUUGCUGCUCGGUAUCGCUGCUGUGGUUGGAUUGAGCACUUUCUUUUUUUCGACCGAAAUCCAUAAACCAGCAUCCUCUAGUGGCCUUGUUGAAGGAAAGAAUGGUGCUGUUGCUGUUGAAGCCGAGCAAUGCUCUAAUGUUGGAAUUGAGAUUUUGAAAAAAGGCGGAAAUGCUGUUGACUCGGCUAUUGCCUCUGCACUAUGCAUUGGUGUAAUUGAUAGUUUUGCAACUGGUAUUGGAGGUGGCGGAUUUAUGCUUAUUCGCUCUCCCAAUGGCACAUAUGACUUUAUAGAUUUUCGAGAAACAGCACCUGGAGCUUCACACAAAGACAUGUUUGUAGAGGAUCCAUCCAAAGCGCAAGUCGGUGGGUUGUCAGUUGGUGUCCCCGGAGAAAUUAGAGGCUUUCAGCUAGCUCAUGAACGACACGGAAAGCUCCCAUGGGAAGAAUUGUUUACUCCAGCAAUUGACAUGUCUCGAAACGGUUUCAACACAACACGGCUUUUAGCUCAGCGUCUUCAGUCUGCAAAAGAAUGGAUCAUGCAAGAUGCCACAUUUUCAGCUGUGUUUGCUCCCAACGGUCAAUUAGCAAUGGAAGGGCAGCUUAUAAAGCGACCAUCACUUGCUGAUACUCUAGAAAUUAUCGCCAAACAAGGUCCUGAUGCCUUUUAUGAAGGGUUAAUUGCCGCUAGUAUUGUCAAUACCACUGUAAACAAUGGUGGUAUUUUGACCAUGGAGGAUAUGAAGAAUUACCAAGCCGUCGUACGACCUCCUAUUUCGACAUAUUACCAUGGGCGCAAAAUCGUUACCGGAGGUACUCCUACUAGUGGGCAUGUUUUGAUUAGCGCUCUCAACAUUUUGGAGAGAUUCAAUUUGCGUCUACUGGGAGAAGUUGGUCUCAAUGUCCACCGCUUGGUAGAGGCUUUGAAAUAUGGAUUUGCUUUCAGAACCGAAUUGGGAGAUCCUGAUUAUGUUGACAACGCCGAUCGAUUGGAGGAAAUCAUCUCAAAAGAUUGGGCUUCACUUGCUCGUGCCAACAUUUCAGAUGAUCACACUCAUGAGCCCACUUUUUAUAACCCAAAGUUUGACAACUCGGAAGCACAUGGUACCAUGCAUCUUUCCGUCGUGGAUGAGAAUGAUGGUGCAGUGGCCCUUACCUCUACUGUCAACUUACUAUUUGGUGCACGCAUUAUGGACCCGGUAACCGGCAUUAUUUUGAACGACGAGAUGGAUGACUUCUCAAUCCCUGGAAUCCCAAAUGCUUUUGGCUUGCAACCUAGCGUUUACAACUAUGUCUACCCUGGAAAGCGAUCCCUCUCGUCUUGUGUCCCUACUAUAAUUGAGCGGGACUCCAAAUUUGAAAUGGCUGUCGGUGCCUCUGGUGGCUCCAUGAUUAUUACUGCAACUUUGGGCGUCAUUCUGGAUGUGGUCGACUAUGGCAAAAACAUUUUCGACGCCAUUGUUGCUCCACGACUUCACCAUCAAUUGAUGCCCAAUACUGCUAUUUUGGAGGACGGUUUUUCUAAACAGUACAUUGAUGCUCUGCAGAGCAGAGGACACGACAUUGUUGUGCUUCCCAAAAGUAUGAAAAUUACUGCCGUGCAGGCUGUUAUGCGCAGUCCUGAUGGAACCGUCUAUGGCGCCAGCGAUAUUCGAAAAUACGGACAAGCCGCUGUCUACUAAAUGCACUUCCCUUUUUCUUCAGGUCCACCUUAUACUCUGUGUGUGGCCUUCUAUUUUCAUUGAUGGCCUAUUUUUCACUAUGUAACCUAUAUUGAUGCAAUCAAUUGUACCACCUUUUGCUACUACCAUCUAGACAUUUCAAUAAAUUGAUAGAUACAAAUGACGUGUAUGAACUAGUUUGGUACAUGUUAAGUGAAAA